GAGGAAGGAGCGAUUGAUCAUCCUGGAGGAGGGGAGCGUUCGAUCAUCCUGCAGGAGGGGAGCGAUUGGUUAUCCUGGAGGAAGGAGCGAUUGAUCAUCCUGGAGGAGGGGAGCGUUCGAUCAUUCUGGAGGAGGGGAGCGAUUGGUCAUCCUGGAGGAGGGGAGCGAUUGAUCAUCCUGGAGGAGGAGCGAUCGAUCACUCGGGCCUCCUCUGGGCGGGCCUGUGCGCGCCGGGGCGCGGAGAUCGGCUGGUCGUGCCUGGGCGCAUGCGCAGAGCCCCUGGGAGGUGUGGGCCGCCGGUUCGCCCCGCGCCGGGGGUUCGGGCGCAAACGGAGCAUCGCGGGGCUCAGAGCCGGUCCGGGCGGGGGCGCGGCGGCCGCGCGGGGGCCUGCGCCAGGCGCGGUGCCAGGCUGGCCCGGAGCGAUGGCGGUGCAGCCUGGGCGCCCGCUGCGCCGCACGUGGUCCUGCAGGAGCGGCGCUGCCGGAGCCAAUGACAUGGAGCCCGGCCCCCGCCUUCCCCUCUGAGCAGCCCGGCAGGUCCAGCCGCCCCGGCCCCGGCCCCCGGGGUCCCCGCUGCUGUGCGAUCGAUCAUCCUGGAGGUCCCCGCGAUGCCCGGGGCGCCGCCCGCCGGGAAGAGGCCGCGCCGCAGCCUGUCCGGCGGCAGGACCAGGGCCGGGGCCGGGAGCCAGGAGUCCGGGCCCAUCGAGCUGUGCUUCCGCCGCGCGCCGCCCGCCAGGCUGGCCUGCCCGGCGUGUGGGCAGCUGGUGGCCCGCUACGACCUCAACCGGCACCUGGAUGACCUGUGCGCCCCCCGCGGCGGCGUCCCGCCGGGGGCCCGCGCCGGAGGCGCCGCUGCCGCCGAGGGGGGGACCCCGCCGCCCCAGGCGCACUCGGCCCCCGAGCGGGGCGGCGCGGCCACACGGGGCCGGAAGCAGACCAGCCCCUACUUCCAGGGCGCCGGGAACGUGUGCCCUGACCGAGGCGCAGAGCCCACAGCCCGGGACGGCCGGGUGGUUCCCUUGGGCAGCCUGGCGUCCAGGCUAUCCAGGCGGUCCCUGCAGGCCCGAGAGGAGGAGGAGAAGGCGGAGGCCGGGGCCGGGGGCGUGGGGAGCAGCUCCCAGAAGGAGAACGUGCGCUCCUGUGAGUCUCUCACGGAGGAAGACACCACCAGGGGCCCCAAGCCGCCCCAGGAUGCAGGGAGGCCCACCCUGGCCCCUGCCUUCCCGGAGAACGCGCCCGUGUCAUCGCCCCCGGGGCCUCCGUCCGCGCCCGAGCACCGUCCGGCGAAGCGGGAGGGGACGGGACGAGGUGGCGGGGAAGGUGCGGGGACACGGGCGGCAGGUGUCGGCGAGGAGGUCGGAGGGACCGAGCUGUCCCGUCCGGAGGCGCAGGACACCUCCGAGGGGAGGGACUUGCACAGACUCCCCCUGGAAGGUGCGGGCGGCGGCUCGGAGGAUGGAGCGGCUCUCGGGGUCCCCUCGGGGCCGGGGUCCCCGUUACCACCUCCGCCCGGCCACCCUUACUACCUCCGCAGCUUCCUGCUGGUGCUGGGCGCCGUCUUCCAGAACGAGGACGACAGCAGGCUCUUCGACCAGCAGGAGCAGGGCAUGGUGGCCGGGUUCCACCAGCUGUCAGACAGCGCUCAGAAGCUGUACGUCAGACUUUUCCAGCGUAAGUUCGGCUGGAUUAAGAGGCGUAAAUUGGAAUACGGAGAGAUAGCCCCAGACCUGGCGCCUGUAGUUGGAGAACUGGAGCAAGCUGGCUUUCUGCAGACGGAGUCCGAGUUGCGAGAACUCCCGGAGGUGCUGGACCUGCUCUCCGCUCCCGAGCUGAGGACCCUGGCGAAGACCUUCCACCUGGGCUCCGCCGGCCGGCAGAGGCAGCCGCUGGCCAAGGCCCUGCUCCGCCUGGCCCGGCAGCCCUCCGUCUGCCCCCGGGGCGGGAGCCCGCCCGGCGUCGGGGCCGUGAUGCUGAAAAGAGCCAAGGACCUGGCGGGCCCGGCGCUGAGGGUGAGCCGAGGCCCGCGGGCCGUGUUCUCCCGGGCCCUGCUGCUCUUCUCCCCGACCGACUCCCCGGAGGAGGAGGACGCCGCCUGCGGGGGGCAGGGCCAGCUCUCCGCCGUGCAGCUGGUCAGCCUGGGCCGCCUGGCCUUCCCCCGGUACACCGUCCGCCGGCACGCCCGCGUCUUCCAGGACAGAGAGGACCUCCUCAGGUACGCCGACGCCGCCCACAGGCUGAGUGACGUCACCGCGGCCAUGGCGGCCGGGAACUGGAAGGAGGCCCAGGCGCUCUGUGAGGGCGCCAGGAGGGACUGGCAGGAGCUGAGAGACCACCCUUCCCUGAGGCGCCACGCGGACCUGCCGGCCUUCCUGCGCUGCUUCACCGCCGGCUGGGUGCACACCCGCAUCCGGGCGCGCGCCGUGGAGGUCCUGCAGCGGCUGCACCGGUACGAGGAAGCCGUCCAGGAACUGGAGAGCCUUUUGUCCCAGAACAUCUAUUGUCCCGACAGCAGGGGCCGGUGGUGGGACCGGCUGGCUCUCAACCUCCACCAGCACCUGAAGCGCCUCGAACCGGCCAUCAAGUGCAUCGCGGAGGGGCUGGCCGACCCCGCGGUGCGGACGGCGCACCGCCUGGCGCUGUACCAGAGGGCCGUGCGCCUGCGGGCGUCGCCCGGCUGCCGGAGGUACUGGCCCCGCCUGCAGCAGCUGCCGGAGGUCGCCGUGCAGGACGUGAGGCACGUGACCAUCACCGGCCGGCUGUGCCCGCAGCUCGGGACGGGCAAGUCCGUGUUCGUGGUGGAGGCCGGGGGCCCGGCCGCGCCCGCCACGGCCCUGUGCUCCGUGGAGGAGCUGGCGCUGGACCACUACCGACGCAGCGGCUUCGACCAAGGCAUCCACGGGGAAGGCUCCACCUUCAUCACGCUGUUCGGCCUCCUGCUGUGGGACAUCAUCUUCAUGGACGGCAUCGCGGACGCCUUCAGAACCGCCUACCAGGCGUUCCCGCUGGACCUGUGCACCGACAGCUUCUUCGCCAGCAGGCGGGCGGCCAUCGAGGCCCGGCUGCAGCUGAUCCACGAGGCCCAGGCGGAGGAGCUGCGGGGCCGGGUGGCGGCCACGUGGCGGGCCCAGGAAGGCCGGGCGUCCGUCGUCAGCUGGGACCGCUUCGCUUCCCUGCAGCAAGCGCAGGACCUCGCUUCCUGCCUGGGGGGCCCCGUCCUCAGCGGGGUGUGCCGGCGCCUGGCCCAGGACUUCCGGCACUGCCGGGGCGGCCUCCCGGACCUGGUGGUGUGGAGCUCCCGGGACCACCGCGCCAAGCUGGUGGAGGUCAAGGGCCCCAACGACCGCCUCUCGCACAAGCAGAUGGUGUGGCUGGACGAGCUGCGGAGGCUGGGGGCCGACGUCGAGGUCUGCCACGUGGCGGCCGUGGGCGCCAAGAGCAGAGCCUGAGCCGAGAACUGCGGGGGGGAGUCUGAGAUCCUCGAGAGCACCAGUGUAAUCGGCCGCAUUUAGUUUGGAUGCCGGUGCCGUCACGAGUAAACCUGGAGGUAAACGUGGUCCUGGCUGGAAUACACGCAUGCAUGCCACACGGCAGGCCGUGAGCUUUGGAAAAGAUGGAAACCUUGGUGGCCAUUUUAGGAUUGGCGACAUCUAAGUU